CUACGAUCCUGCGUCAUGUAAUAUGCUAACUCCAUGUCAGGAUGUUAGAAUGUAUUUGUUUGGAUGGAAAUCACGUAUGUGUGACACUACUGGUACAACGAUAUGCCAGAUUCUACAUUUGUGUGUGUCAGAGAUUAUCAAUUUGAGUAGUUUUUAUGGUAUGGUCGUUUGAUUUAACAUAUCUUACUGACGAGGUCGAAAAUGCGGGGUGCUAAUAGAAGGAGGCGGUAAAUGGUUCCUCGUAGAAUGGCAAAAACUAAAACAAUCAGCAAAGGCUGUCCAAAAUGCGAACAGCAGGUCCCUGUUGCUUGUAAAGCAUGCCCAUGUGGGCAUUCCUUCUUUAAUGCUCGUCGAAAUUCCAUCAAAAGCUCUCCUAGUCCGGAUGGUGGGGCAAUGAAGACAAGAAGGACGAAUCGUGUAAAACGGGAGAAACCAAAUUAUUAUGAUUCCCUAGAAUAUGACAAACAAAGUAAAAAAAAGAUCAGAAGAGCCACUGACACUGGAACAGAUUUUGAUUGUCGACAAUUGAAUAAAAAGAAAAAACGAAAGGGGAAAGGAAAAGGUAAAGGUGGCGGCAGUAGCGGAGCAGGAGAUGAUGAUGAUGAAAUGGAAGGUAUAUGCGGCUUGUCACCUGAAAAGCAACUGACUUGUUCUCUUAUAUUGCAAGAGUUAAACAAUAAAAUGGGAAUUGUUGCUUGGAAGCCUACAUGAAAACUGACAUAUUUGUGUAUACCUGAAUGAGUCAAUCUAAUUUAAAGUAUACUGUAUUAGAUGUGUAUAAAGAAAGUGUUAUUUCAUGGAGUAAUGUACAUAUGAAAGAUAUGCAAUGUUUUUAUGCUUUCAAGCUGAUUUUAUCACUUGAUUACAAUUGUAAUUAAUUAGAGGAAAUGCUUUGUAAUAUUUAAUAUUAAGAUAAUCUAUAAGAUAGUUUCUGCUACACACUUAAUCAAUAAUUUUAGUUAGUAACUCUGAAAAGAAUUGUAGGAAAUAUGAACUAAGUUGAGAAAAAUAAUGUGAUGAGUACUUUAUGUAAUUAUAUAAGGUUUUUUAUUAAAAACCAGUAUAUUAUGAGAAACAUUUUUCUAUUUGUAAGUAUUAUAGUAUUAUGUGAAAAUAUACAAUAAUUGAACCGUC